AUGGGAAAUCAACAGUCUGGGCUCGGUGGAGCUGGCCAGGGCGGCGACAACAAGGACGAGAAAGAUAAGAAGAAGGAUAAGCCCAAGUACGAACCACCUCCACGUCCAACAACCCGUAUUGGUCGCAAGAAGCGCAAGGCUGCCGGUCCCAAUGCGUCCGCAAAACUUCCCGCCGUCUACCCUACCUCCCGAUGUAAGCUAAGAUAUCUCCGAAUGCAACGAAUCCACGACCAUCUCCUCCUCGAGGAAGAAUACGUCGAGAACCAGGAGCGUCUUCGGAAGGCAAAGUCUGCAAAGGAGGGUGGUGCUCCAGCGACGGCUGGUGGUGACUCUGACGCCUUGGACAGAAAUGCUGAUGAAAGAGGGCGAGUCGAUGAUAUGCGAGGAAGCCCCAUGGGUGUCGGUACAUUGGAGGAGAUGAUCGAUGAUGACCAUGCCAUCGUUUCUAGCACUACCGGCCCGGAGUACUAUGUCUCCAUCAUGUCGUUCGUCGAUAAGGACUUGUUAGAGCCCGGUGCGAGCGUCUUACUCCAUCACAAGUCUGUAUCUAUCGUCGGUGUUCUUACUGACGAUGCCGAUCCUCUGGUCACGGUCAUGAAGCUUGAUAAGGCCCCUACGGAGUCAUAUGCGGAUAUUGGUGGUUUGGAGACUCAAAUUCAAGAGGUUCGGGAGUCUGUGGAGUUGCCACUGUUACAUCCUGAGCUGUAUGAGGAGAUGGGUAUUAAGCCACCAAAGGGUGUCAUUCUCUACGGUGCCCCUGGUACUGGAAAGACUCUACUGGCAAAAGCUGUUGCAAACCAGACAAGUGCGACUUUCUUGCGUAUUGUCGGUAGUGAGUUGAUUCAAAAGUACCUGGGUGAUGGACCCCGGCUUGUUCGACAGCUCUUCCAGGUUGCUGCUGAAAAUGCCCCUGCGAUUGUUUUCAUCGACGAAAUCGAUGCCAUUGGUACGAAGCGAUACGAGUCAACAUCUGGAGGAGAGCGAGAAGUCCAAAGAACCAUGUUGGAGCUUCUCAACCAACUGGACGGUUUCGAUGAUCGUGGAGAUGUAAAGGUUAUUAUGGCCACCAACAAGAUUGAUACCCUCGACCCUGCUCUCAUUCGACCCGGCCGUAUCGAUCGAAAGAUCCUCUUCGAGAAUCCCGACCAAGUCACCAAGCGCAAGAUUUUCACUCUGCACACAUCGAAGAUGUCAUUGAAUGAAGAUGUGGAUUUGGAAGAGUUCAUCAACCAGAAGGACGACUUGUCCGGUGCUGAUAUCAAGGCUAUUUGCUCUGAAGCUGGUCUGAUGGCGCUGAGAGAGCGUAGAAUGCGUGUGCAGAUGGCAGAUUUCAGAGCUGCGCGAGAGCGCGUGCUCAAGACGAAGAGUGAGGGUGAGCCAGAGGGUUUGUACUUGUAG